AUGUCGAGCAACAACCAAGACCCCAGCCACGAUGAGAGCUUGAGCAACCUUCCUGCUGGCGGAACAGAUGUGUCGCUUGGAGAAGGCCAGNNAAAGGUAGUUCCAGGUCUUCUCGCACCCCUUGGCGAUCCUCUGGGCAAUGCACUCAACAAAGGGCUCUCUCCCGUCGGCACUGCCAUUGGUGGUCUAACGAAUGGAGGAUAUAGCAAGAGCAAGGAGAUGGAUAAGCCGAAGGAAGAGGAAAGUAUGGGAGGCAAAGAACAGAACGGACAGAAUCCUUUGGGACUGUAA